CAGUGUAAGCCCCGUAGUGUUUCCACGGUAACAGGUCAAUCAUGUAUACGACCGGAGUGAAUAGAGAGGAUCUUUGUAACUUUCCCAAAAGUGAUUCUCCAUCAACUAUAAAUCAUGACAAAAAAGGAGAGGCUGAGGAAAUACAACCAUUUUCGCAGGGGGAUAUUCUUCGCAUUGGUACUGUGUUAGGGGAUUGUGUAGAUCAAUUAACCAUUCUUGGCCUCAUCAUGCCAGUCGCCUAUGAGGAAAGGACAGAUGUAACCAGUAUUGUAGGAAAUGAAAUUGACAUGAUACUGCACGGUCAGAAGCAAGCGGAGUCAAAGUUUCAGGAGUUGAUAUCUUCCAGGUCAGAUGAGGAGGAGUCUGGAAGAGUUUCCAGAGAACAACGAGCUGACAUGGGACAGCGAAUCCAGAAGGCUGCAGGGGAUCUGAAGAGAAGCACUCAGCUCCUGAGUACUUCACUGAAACAGAGUCCACUUAGUCCUGAUAACUUGACAAAAGUACAAACUGACAGGCAAUUUGCUUUGGAAGUGAUAAAAGACACCUUGCAGGAGAUAAAUUAUUCUGGAACAUUUAUUUCUCUACUGAACGUUGUCGAAAAUGAGAAGAAAAAAAAAAUCAACACCCAAAAUGUUAUCAUCAGAGAAGAAGAAGGCAGAAGAAAAAUUAAAGCUCUGAAAAAACAGCUACAAAAUUUACAAAAAGAAAGAGAGGCUGAUCAACAGCAAAAAAAUGAAAUGAUCGCCCACCUAAAAGACCAGUUGCAAGAGAUGAAGGCAAAAACUGCCAUGGAAGGAAAGUACAUGAAAAAAAAUGCAGAACUGCAGAUCUUCCAGACACACAAGAAAUGUGCUGAUGAGGAGAAUAAGCUACAGGAAGAAGUUCAGCUUCUGAAAAGUAAAAUUGAUCAGGAGAUUCGGAUACACUUGGAUAUCGAAAAGUUCUUGAAGCAAAACCAGUCAGAAUUAGAGGAAAGCCUAGAAUUUUGGAUGGAAAAAUAUGAUAAAGAUGUUGAAAGUAUGCAGAGUAGUCUGUCUACUCUGAAAACAUCAAAAAUCAUCGAUUUACAACGGCUUAAAGAAUACUCUGAAAAGUACUUGACUUACGAACGAGUAAUAAUUGAGGAUAGGGUCGAAAGGGAGAAUGAAUGGAAGAGAAGAACACAAGAGGAGUUAGAAUUUAAAAGCAUUAUAAAGCUCCAAUCGUGGUGGCGAGGGGUCAUGGUUCGCAGAGGAAUCGGAAUCUAUAAGUACAUUAAAAAGAAAGGAGGAGAGAACAAAGGAAAGGGAAAAGGCAAAGGAAAGGGAAAAGGGAAGCCAACUGAUAAGAAGUGAUGCUUUUUUAUGCAUAUUCACCAUCCAUUAAAUCAUUUUUUUUGUGUAAAAAUAAGGUAUUACUAGAUAAUACAGACUAAUUGAAAAAACAAAAUUACUUAACUAAGUUGUAUUGACUGAAUUAAAUUUUAGUUUAUUAAAAAUCAGGUGGUAAUCACAAUGGAACUUGUAAAAAAAAUUACAUUCUUCACCUUGGCAAAACAAUGGUAAGGGACAUGUUUUUCAAUGUUUUAAUGCUGUACUAUGAUAUUUGCAUAGUAUUUUAAUUUAUAUUCCUCACCAACCCCCAAUAUGCCAUUUUCCUUCUUAAUUGGUUGUUGUACUUGCCUGUGUCCUUUAAUUGACUGGUGUGCCAGGGCACCCAAAUCCCUUUGUACAUCCACAGUUCCCAAUAAAUCACCACUUGUCCAAUCAUA